AUGGAAACCGGCCUGUCGUCACCGCACUCUCCUCCUCGGCCGAGUCCGACGACAGGGCCGCUCCAGCAGCAGCAGCUACAGCAUCCUCUAUCUCCGAGACACGCUCAAUCUCAGGAUCCAGCAUCUUCAUUAUCGCAGCCGCCGCCGCCGCCGCCGCAACAACAACAACAACAACAACAACAUCAUCAUCAUCACCAAAGGAGGGCUUUCCCAGACGCAUUGCGCCUACGUGUGCCGCCGAGACCAGGCAAGGAUGGAGCGGGCGGACGUUCGAGGACGGGGCGUGCGGGAGGAGCGGGCAUCAGCCUUUCCAAAUCGAAGCUCUGGGGGUCGUCUUCCGGCGCUGCUGCGCAUGCGAAGCCCCUGUUGCCAGUGACGGAGCGCAAAUCGCACGAUGAGAAUCUUCGCGGCGCGACGGGACGACGACUGAAGAAGGGCAGCUUAGACAGCGAUAAGUGGGAUAUCACGCCGGACGGAAGCUCUGCUGGUCGCGAGGGGAGACAGUUUACCGUCGCGAAUGUCGGGAACAACGGCCGCAUCUACUUGAGGCCAACGAUUCGACCCGCGCAUCAACGGAUACCGCAACCGCAUUUUGUAUUUCCCAUGACGCCCCCAGACACGGCCGGUCUGGGAGGAUCAUUUACUACGGAGCUACGUCGCGAUUCGACGGCCCAGCUCACGGACGUGGACGAUCAAUGGCAUCUGCCAUCAACGGAACCCAACCCGGGGCGUGCGACCCCCUCAUACCGCCGGCAUCGUCGCGCCAUGUCAGAUUCGACUAUCCACGAGACCAAUCCUGAACCUGGGGGCUUCAAGGUAGUCAUCUCGAAGCCAGGCGAGGAGGAGCGGCCCAGGACCGUGGAGGAGAUGGACCUGGCUCGGCCGCCAGUAUUGAACGUCAGUAUUCCGUCUUGGAGGAUAGGAACCCCUCGGUUCAGCAUGCGCGGCACCCCGUUCUUCUUCCGCGGGUCCUCCUAUGCCCCUACCGAAGAAGUCCGUUCCAGCAGAGCUUCUUUCUUCCCCUCGACACACGACGGCCCAUCGAGGGAUUCUUUCAGGAAGCCGAGCCCAUUUCGCGGAUCUAAGAUCCGAAUCUCGAAGUUCGAUCCUAAUGAUCCUCUCAACCCCGCAUCACCUACCUUCCUCCACCCCCUCAGGAAAACGUAUAUGUCUGGCCAUGUUGUCAUCGAACCUUCGAUGUUCGAUGCCUUGACCUUCAAGCCGAUGUGCGACGACCGAACUAUUGUCCGAUAUUCGAGCACCGGCGCUGUGACUGCAGCUACCCCUGCGCGCCUCGUCGCCGAGAUUACGUCCCCUAGCUUCCUCGACUACGAGCUCCUGUCUGACUUCUUCCUUACUUACCGAUCCUUUCUUGAGCCAUCUGAUCUGCUUCGCAUGCUCUUCGCACGACUGAGAUGGGCGAUUGACAGGAGCGACGAGGCCGGCCUUGUGGUGAGAGUUCGAACGUUUGUCGCGCUGCGUCACUGGAUUCUCAAUUACUUCAUCGACGACUUCCUUGUUGAUUAUGACCUCCGAGCGACGUUCUGUAACCAGCUGAAUGGCUUUGCGGAGGAGCUCGCCCGGGAUCCGAAGGCGCAGAAGGUGCCGCUAAAGAUCCUGUCCGAGCUAAAGAAGUGCUGGAGGAGGGUGUGCGCCCAGUUUUGGGAGGGUCCGGAGUUCGAUCCGUCGUUAGGGUCUGAUAUCCCCAUCCAACCCGGCGGUACCCCUGAGAAUGGUGACGGGAAUCCGGACCCGGCGACGUCGUGGCUACAGCCCCCUGACGGCACUGCACCGCAGCACGAAAACUCGGAAGCUUCCCAGAACCAGCCCCCGCAGACAAGCCUCUUCGUCGACAUGGCCAAGACGACCGGUUAUAUCGACGCCAUCGUGGCCGGAGACCGACCCACGACCCCUGACAUCGACCCCGAGACUCUGGAUCGCGACGCUACUGCUUCGCCGACCAGCCUGAUGAGCGUCGACGCGGUCUCUUGCUCGUUCCCCACCAAGGCGUUCAAAUCGAAUCACCCCGGCGGCACCUACCCUGCCGCUCACCCUGUCGACCAAUCCGCGAUGCAAAACUCCGAGCAUGUUGCGACGACCCCUCGUGCUGUGGUUGGCAAGCGUGUGCGCGCUGCUCAGGCGCACAAGAGGAAUGGAAGUCUGACGGAUUCGCUGCGCGAGCAUCCUACCAUGACGGAGAGGGCGCUUUACAAGAAUGCUGAGCUUCUUCUCGCCCUGCCUUACGCCGGGAGCUUGGUUCGCGGGGACCUGCUUCCGCCGCCCCAAGCGGUUGUCGAUGUCCAGCUCCCGGCGGGGACUGCCGGGGCGAGACAGACUACCCUCGUUCAGCGCCCUCCAUCCCAAUUGCCCAAGGAGAACGGGAUCCUAGCUUCUGCCAUGUCCGGUCAGGGCAUGAAGAAACUUCUGGGCAGCACCCCAGGCCGCCGGACCGGUACCCGCCCGUCAAUCCGCAUCGACUUGCUUGGUGCCGAGGUCGCCGAGGACUUCAAGCGCGCUGUUCGCGAGGACUCUCAGACAGGGACCGAGCAGCAUGAGAACCGCUCGGCGACGAGCCAAGCUCAAGAGUCCACUUCGAAUGUGCAGGGAGGGCUGUCCCCUAUGCCAAGGGAGACCUCGCAUCACCAGGCUUUCUCGCCUAAUUGGCAGGUUCUGCGGCCCACGAGUGAUAUGGGGAUCACGAAUGGCAGCCAGUCCAUCGUGAUUGUGGAUGGAUCCUCGCUUCCGGAGAAUCAUCCCCUCGUGACUGGCGCCUUGCCCCCGGUUAACCCCUCCGUCGAAGCCUUCGCCGAGACCUUCUCCCAGAACGCGGCCGACCCUACCCCGCCUACGACGCCCCCCGGCCGGAUGGUUGGCGGUACUCCAAGGCGAUCGUCCUACAUCCUCGGUCAUCAACCCGUCCGGCACUCCCACUCCGCCGACCCCCUCCCGCCCUUCAUCCCUGAUCUAGCCACUCUGGGCCACGCCUCCACGCACAAUGACUACCCGCGACCCUCCCUCGACGACCAAAGCUCCCGCCGUCUCCCCCUCAGCGGCGUGGGCGGCAUCCGCAGGCGAAACUCGGAUCACGUAUCGUACGCAUCGUCGAGUCACAGAGAAGACUGGCAGAGCCACAAGCGCAACGCGCCCUCCACGACAGAUACCUUCCACCAGCCGGAGACGAUCCGCAGUUUCGAUGCCACGACUAUCUCAGAGCACUCCCUGGAUGAUGGAUUGUCGAAUAAGAGCGCCAUGCCCCAGCCAUUGAGGACACUGCGCAGAAGGCCGGGUGGGGAUUUGCGUGCCGCGAAGAAUGUCUGUGACUUGGAUGGCCAUGUACUGAGGAGGUCGCGCUCGGCAGGAUCGCUGACAACGUACGACGAGUCGCUGCGCAGCUCGUACAUCCGCAGCGCGGAGGGGCCGGAGGAGGGGUACGUCGACGUCGCCGCGUCUGACUACUCCUACGAGCGAGGCGAGGUCUUCUCGCUCGGCGCGUUGGCGGAGCAGAACCCAAAGAGGGACGUCUCUUGGGUGAGCACACACGACUCGAAGCCAGUGAUGAGGCCUUCGUUUGAGAAGGAGGCGCAGAAGCUCGCGCUGAUACCGGAUGAUGCUGAUGAUGAUGGGGGCAUUGAAACGGCGCUGUUGAAGUUGGAGGGCAAGUAUCAGAGGAAGAAGCCGCCGCCGCCGUUGGUUCCUGUUCCCAAGCUGUCGAUUGAUCUUGGGCGGCCGAGGGAGAAUGCGCCGCCGGCGGAUGGGGUUGAGAUUGUGAAGAAUGGGGAUAGGGGGUUGAGCAAGGAAGAAAAGCAGGAGAGGCGGAAUGUGCAUAUCGGGGAGGAGGCGUUCCAGCUUGCGGCUGCGCAUAAUGCGCUGCUGGAUAUCAGCGGGCGACAUGGCUCGCAGAUGGCACGGUCAUUUUUCUCGGAUGAUUCGAGGAUAUCGUACUGCCCGACACCGCUGUUGGAACAGGGAUUGACAGAUGAGGCGAGGAGCAAGAGGACGGUUACGCAGGAAUGGACCGAUCGGUCGGUGCUGCAGGAUCCCGAUGAUAAUGAUAUUGAGACUGUCCAGCAUCGGAGUAUCUAUGAUUCGCAGCAUCAAAGCUUCCAGUUCAUCCAGAAGACGGAUAGCAUGGAUCGGAUUCCGCCGGGGAAGACGAUGCCUUUGGCGGAGGAGCAACAGCAACAGCAGCAACAGCAGCAACAGCAGCAGCAGCAGCGGGCUAGCCUGGAACAGUCGUUCUUGAAUGUGGAGAGUGAUAAUGAGAGCGACAUCUCGACUGAGUUGUCAACGGAAAUUGUGGAUUACGAGGACGGGCAAAACCCCGCGACCAUUGGGCUUGCUGUGACGACUUCCAAUGGCCAAUCCAUCACGAGCAGGAAUCAAGAACCACCUGCUGAGCGGUCCGGCUCACCGCAGCUUACCCUCCUCCAAGCUCUCCAGAUGUCUCCCACGACCGCCUACAGGGAGAAGAUCCAAGACCGCCAGAAUCACUUCGACAAGCCUCUUCCUCCUACUCCCAACCCCGCCUCAUCGACCCCCGCAACAUCCCAAACCCACCUCCAAUACCAGCAUCAUCACUUCCUCGGCGCCCGCGAUGCCGCUGCCCAGUCCCAGCCCUCCCUCCCCAACAAAUACUCCGUCCAUCUCCCUUUCAUCCUCGCCUUCGACAGCGACAUCCUUGCCCAACAAUUCACCCUGGUCGAAAAGGAUGCUCUCAACGAAAUCGACUGGAAAGAGCUUAUCGAUAUGCGCUGGAAGAACGCCGAUCAAAAUAACGUCAACAACGUGCGCAGCUGGGUCUCCUUCCUGCGCAAUACCGACGCGCGCGGCGUCGAGGUCGUCAUCGCAAGGUUUAACAUCAUGGUGAAGUGGGCUAUCUCCGAGAUUGUACUGACCCAAGAUCUGGAGGAACGCGCUCGGUGUAUAAUCAAGUUCAUCCACAUCGCCGCGCAUUGCAGGCGGUACCGGAACUUCGCGACCAUGUCGCAGAUCACGAUCGCCCUGACCUCGAACGAGGUGAGCCGGUUGAGCAGGACGUGGGCGUUGGUUCCGCCACAUGAUAAGCGCACGUUGCAUGAUCUGGAGCAGCUCAUGUCCCCAACUCGGAAUUUCUACAACCUCCGCGCGGAAAUGGAGGCUGGUAGUGUUACGGGAAAGAUCAGCAAAAGCGGCUCGAGCAGCUCAAUACUCGCCGACAUGGCGUGUAUACCGUUUGUGGGAAUUUAUACGCACGAUCUGCUGUUUAAUGCGCAGAAGCCGAGCGAGAUUGCCAGCUCGCCGACGACCGCGCCGCUGGUCAAUUUCGAGCGGUGUCGCACGGCCGCAGGGAUCGUCAAAACGUUGCUGAGGUUGCUCGAAGCGAGCACGUUGUAUGCGUUCCAGCCGAUUGAGGGGAUUACGGAGAGGUGUUUGUGGAUGGGGGCGUUGGAUGAUGAAGAGAUUAGACGGUUGAGUGAGAGGUUGGAGUAA